UGCAAAGUUCCAAUUCCAAUAGACUGUGAAGACUGAAGAGUGUCCCGUUAAUCAGAUGCCCCCGAUUGAUUGAAAUUUCCUUGUUUGUUUAACUUUAAUGUAGUUGGGGGUUUUCCUAAUUAGGUUUUUUUACGAUUCCAAAACGCUACGUCUCAGAUCAUGUUUCUAUCUACUCAGAGCUGAUCCUAGGGUUUCUUCUGGAACUCCAUCCAACUUCAUAUGGCAGAAGCCUCGAGGUCUCAAGUCACCAUCACCCUUGGCUCUACUGGUCAGGUGGUAAAGAGGGCAGGGCCUAUGAUGGAUGGUGCAUUUUUGGAAUCUCCCCCGGCCACUGGAAGUAAGAGGUCUGUGAAGGAUCGAUUAGGGAGUAAUGUGGAUUCUUUGAUGCAUGAAAACCCACUCAACAAUAAACGACAACGAGGAGAUCGUAACAAAUUACAUUUGAGUUCUAAUGGUGUUAAUGCUAAAGGGAAGUGCAUUGGUAAAGAUGAUCUCCGGUUCAAAAUCAUGCAAAAAAGCAUGUCUUUCCGAGCUCAAACCAAUGAUCUGCUGAAUGGCAUGGACCUUCGUGAAAAGCUGUCAAGGACAGUUAAGCAUGCAGAAACUAGUGUUGAUAUGCAGAAGCCCAGACCUGAGACAAAGGAGACUAACCCAUGGGGCCAACUUCCUUCCAGAAGAAGUGCAGAAGAUUCACCACAGAUCAAUUUGCCCAGAAAUUCUUAUUCUGCUUGGUCUUUGGAUCAAUUAAAGCAAAGAUACCCAGAUGGAAUUUUUGGUUCUACUGGGAGUCUCUCCCCACAGAUGAAUGUUCCAAAACUACAGAAAAGGCCAAUAAUCCAGAAAUAUGAUGAUGUUAGAUCAGCUCCAUUUAUAAUCAAUAAUAUUCUUGAUCCUCCAGGACGUAUGGGCACUACACCUUUUAUGACAAAAUCUACACUACCGACUGGCAGUGCAAAACCUGUAGCACCAAUGCAAGCCCACCUCCAACCAUCGAGCAACAUUGUACAGAAAAAUUCAUACAUAGGUGAUGAACAGCCUACUGUUGACAGCUUGUUACAUUCUCUGGGUCUGGGAAAAUAUGCCAUUUAUUUUAAGGCUGAGGAAGUGGACAUGGCUGCGCUGAAGCAGAUGGGGGAGCAUGACCUUAAAGAGUUGGGAAUUCCAAUGGGGCCUAGGAAGAAGAUUCUUCUCGCUAUCUUGUCGCGUUCCAACAGGCAAUUAUGACCCAUGUACUUCACAAGCCCAUAAAUUUUAGGAGCAGUAGUUCUUAUUUUUUGAUGGAAAGCACAUAUUCAAGAAUCUUUAGCAUUAAAUUUAUACUAUGUAAUCUUAUUAAAUUGGGGUUGGCAACCUAUGAACCCGUUGUCACAUUUUUGCAGUCAAGAAUAACUACAUUGAUUCGUAUAUUAAUACGAGGGUAAGAAAUUUUGCAAUG